AUGCCCUCCAACGAACUGCACUACAUGUCGGCCUGGGAACUGUCUGGCCUGAUCCGCAAUCGCGAAGUUUCCCCGGUGGACGUGGUUGAAGCCUGCCUGGCGCGAAUUGAAGCGACCGAGCCAACGCUCAACUCCUUCAUCACGCUUAUCCCUGAGCAGGCUCGAGCCGCCGCCCGUCGCGCCGAGCAGGAAAUUGGGCGGGGCAAUUAUCGUGGCCCUCUGCACGGCAUCCCGGUUGGAUUGAAAGACCUGUUCCACACUGCGGGCGUACGCACCACAUCGGGCACGCGCAUCUACGACACUUUCAUUCCCGCCGAAGACUGCACCGUUGCCACCAAAUUCAGCGAGGCCGGCGCGAUAUUGCUGGGCAAACUGAAUAUGCAUCCGUUGGCGUUCGGUCCCACCGGAGAAAACGCUGACUAUGGGCACAUGCAUAACCCCUGGAAUCCGGAGCGCAUAACCGGUGGGUCAAGCGGGGGCAGCGGUUCCGCGACUGCCGCCGGCCAGUGCACGAUUACCAUGGGCAGCGACACGGGCGGCAGCGUUCGCAUCCCCGCGGCGUUGUGCGGGAUUACAGGAUUGAAACCAACGUACGGGCGCGUGAGCCGGGCGGGAUUAACCCCGUUGUCGUGGUGCCUGGAUCAUCCUGGGCCAAUGGUCCGAACCGUGGAAGACGCAGCGCUAACCAUGAACGUUAUCGCCGGGCCCGACCCGCGGGAUCACGUUACCGUCAAUGUGCCCGUACCAGACUAUACUGCCGCGCUGACCGGUGACGUACGAGGACUUCGCAUCGGUGUGGUCAGAGAGUUUUUCGAGGAACCGAUCGAUCCUCAGGUGGCCGAUCUGGUGCAGGGCGCAAUCAGCGUUCUUGGCGAAUUGGGAGCCGAAAUUGUUGAGGUGUCCCUGCCUUUGUUCGAAUACGCUCAACCGAUCAGCAACGCCAUACUGAGCGCCGAAGCCACCGCAGCCCACCGCGACAUCCUGCUGUCCGAUGGAGACAAGCUCUAUCCCCAAGUACGCGACCGGUUGGAAGAAGGUCUGUUUAUCACGGCCUCCGAAUACCUGCGGGCUCAACAGGCCCGGCAGGUUUUUUGCCAACAGGUUGCGGGCCUGUUGCAAAACGUCGAUCUGCUGGCUGGCCCAGUGGAGCCGGUUACCGCACCCGUUAUACUGGAGCGUCGCAUUGACAUUGGCGGGGAAUCAAUUCCGGCAGUGCCUUUGCUGACCAAGUACACCAGGGUUUACAACAUCACCGGCUCUCCCGCCAUAUCGGUGCCCUGCGGGUUUGCCGAUGACGGACUGCCGGCGGCGCUGCAUCUGGCGGGCAGGAACUUCGAUGAACAUACGGUGAUCAGGGCCGCUUACGCUUAUCAACAGGCCACCGACUGGCACACCCGGCGACCCCCGCUAUAG